CUUUUGAUUUGUCACUCAAUUCACUUUGAAAAAUGAAUCAAGUUUGGCUCUUUUUUUGUAUACCCAAUUUGCUGGCAGACAUUGUCUGUCUGAUGAUCCACAUCGAUGGGUCGCUGCACUUGCAGGAACCGAUGCCCCACAAUAUGAUAUUUUGUGGCACGUUUGCUGGCUUCAUACUGAUUCCCUUAAUUCGUGCCGUGCACAUUUUGCUCGGACUGAAGACACAUCUCUAUCCGCAGAUUUUAAUUGAUGGCUGUGGCACAAUAAUGCAUUUCCUGUGCGCCUUAUUGUCGCUGCAUUAUGCGGAGAAUGAUUUCCAUUUGAUAUUCAUGGGACCACAGCAGGAAUUGGAUCAUCAUUAUUUUGCCUACUGCAAGAAACAAAGUGUGGCAUGCAUCAUAGCUGGCGCUCUGUACUUGCUGCAAUUUGUACUCAUACUUGAUUUUAUACAAAAGACGCCACUCUUUGAGGAUGAGAAGCCCAUCAGGAUCAUUACGGAGCCACCCAAGUGGGAUGAGAGCUAUCAGAAUAUGAGCAUUGAGGAGCACGACCAUUUGGCCAGAACCCAGGCAAAUGUCUAUCUACUUGGCCGACAGCUGGAUCAUUGGUUUCGGCUCAAGUCCAAAUGGUUCCGUCAACUUGCCGGUGGUCAGGAACUUAUUCACAAGUCCGAACUGCUGCCCGUUGUUAAGAAAAGACAAUCAUCAAGACCUCGUCGUAUUGAUAACUCAGAUGACGAUGACGAUGAUGAUGAUGAGACUGAUGAUGAUGGUGAUUUUGAAAUUGAGAUCACAUCUAAGAUAAGUAGCCCGACUGAAACGCCAAAGAGAACGAAAUUUGAUUUUGAUCCUGAAGUCAUGCUAGAUACGAGCUCAACCUCAAGUAAAUCAAGUAAACCAUCUGUCAGACGUUGACUUUGGUCUAUAAUAUGUUUCCAAUUAAUAUUUAACUACUUAAUUGUGACAUAAAUUUGCUUUAAGCCUG